CUUUGCUUCUUGGCUAACAUCUACGACGAGGUCACACUCGAUACACCCGGUUCCUUCGACCUUGACCUCUCUGUGCGAUGUCGAGGGACUGCCGCAUUACAGACCUCCCCGCUGAGCUCCUUCACGAGAUCUUCGAGCAUUUAUGGGAGGACAAAGUGUCCCUGUCAUCCUGUACCCUCGUAUGCAAAGAGUGGUCGGAUUAUUCCCGUCCUGCACUCUUUCGCGAGAUCACCGUCGCUCCCGAGCUGGUGCCGGAGAUGCCCCACCCAGAGUACCCCGAGCUCGAGAUACCCGACUGGACAGAUCUCGCACGCAGAUUCGACGGAGCUCCUCAUCUGGCGGCGCACGUACAGAUCCUGCAUGUCGAGGGUGGGGAGUUGCCCAUGGAGAGGUCGAUGCUGGAUGAAUUUGACGAGGUCGAGUGCGAAGUUCGCGAAGAUGGCACGAAGAUAGCUGUAUCUCUCAACUACUGCUUUGUGGAUCUUGCAGCGCUCCUCGCCCUCGCUCAGGCUCUCCCGGGCCUGACUAAGGUCACCUUGGAUACCCUUAUUGUCAAAUCCGUGGCCCUACCGCAUCAUCAGCCCGCCCUCAUCGAAACCCUCGAAAUGAACGAUGUCGGUACUGUUAAGGGCGAGACUCCCUUUAUCAUCUUCGCGCCAGAUGCCAACAAAAUCUGGCCAGAGUCUUUUCCGUUCGAGCCCUCUGUGCCCACGUGCAAGUGGACCAUCCGCGGAGAACCCAAUGGCGUGCCUAUCAUCCGUGGUCUCGCUGCGUCAUCCUUGGGGCGGCUGACCUCGCUCGUCGUCGAUCUGAGGGACGAGUACGACCUCCUAGCUCUCAACGCGGCAUUCAAGUCGUUUGGGCCGCAGUUCAAAGAGCUCACACUCGAUCUCUGGGACGCCACAUGGGUGGCGAGGCCCCACGUGGUCGUAGCGGCCGCGGUGGAGGAGGCUUGGAAUGAAACGUUUACACUCGCUCCCUGCGAGGGGCUCGAAAAGUUCGUGAUGCACUUCAAGCUCGGAUACCUCGAGGACUCAGUCCCAAUCCUGGAGUCGGUUGCCCACCUUCUCUCGACAUUUCCCCCCACCAUACGCACCGUCCGCCUCAUAAUCGACUUCGCCUUCUUCAUACCUCCUGACGUCGCCGAAAUGCCUUGGUCGAGCAUAAACUGGGCACUCAAGAACCUCGAGAAAGUCACGUUCACCAUUGUAGAUGAAGGCGAUAGGAAACGAGAUGGCCAAAUCCUUGUGGAGAAAGCGAUUUCCUCUCAGCUGUCAGACAUCGGACAAAGGCUGCAUAUUGAAUUCAUAGGAUAG